CAGGAAGCCAGGAGGGAAAGGCUUGAAUGAGAGCCUGGCAGCGGCGUGGCAACUUGAGAAAGAAACCUUGGAGGGCUUCUUCUCCCCCUCCAUCUUCCCUUCCUUUGGCCUGGGUUCAGAGGAGGGCUGGGGGAGCAGAAAGGGGCCUAGCUGCUGGACCAGAAGGAGGAGGAGGACAUUGUUGCUUAGAGACCCCAAUGAAAGAGUCCUGGUAAGGCAAGAGCUGUGGAAUAAAACAUAAAUAUGGCCAAGGUGAUAAAAUUGUUUCAGACCCUCAGAAAUCACUGGAAGAAGACUACUGUUGGGGCCUGCCUGUUCACCUGGGGCGGAAACUGGCUAUAUGGAAAACAUUGUGAUAACCUGUUAAGAAGAGCUGCAUGCCAAGAAGCACAGGUAUUUGGCAACCAGAUUAUACCUUCCAACAUGCAGAUAAAGAAGGCAACUGUAUUUCUCAAUCCUGCAGCUUGUAAAGGCAAAGCCAGGAGCCUUUUUGAAAAGAAUGCUGCCCCAAUUCUUCAUUUGUCUGGUUUGGAUGUGACUGUUGUAAAGACAGAUUAUGAAGGACAAGCAAAGAAAUUGCUAGAACUGAUGGAAAACACAGACAUGAUCAUUAUUGCAGGAGGAGAUGGAACUGUACAAGAGGUCAUAACUGGGCUUCUCCGAAGGGCAGAUGAGGCAGCUUUCAGUAGGAUUCCUAUUGGAUACAUUCCCCUUGGAAAGACUAGCACCUUAAGUCACACUCUUUAUCCUGGAUGUGUAAACCAAGUCCAAUGUAUCACUGAUGCUACCUUGUCUAUACUGAGAGGAGAGACUAUUCCACUUGAUGUGUUACAGAUCAAGGGGAACAAAGACCAGCCUGUGUUUGCAGUAACUGGUUUACGAUGGGGAUCUUUCAGAGAUGCCGGAGCAAAAGUCAGCAAGUACUGGUAUCUUGGACCUCUGAAAAUCCAAGCAGCCCAUUUCUUUAACACGUUGAAGGAGUGGCCUCAGAAGCAUCUCGCCUCUCUUGCCUAUUUGGGUCCAACACCAAGGCCCCCUGAAGAACCAGAGCAGAAGACUUCUAGACCUCCUUUAUAUGUCAGGCUUUACAAGAGGCUUGCACAUUAUUGGGCACCUGCCCCCACAGAAACCCCCAAGGAGAUGACCCCAGAGGUCUGGGAAGUAAUGCAGCUGUCAGCCAUUGAAUUCUCUGUCACUACUCAGAACAGACAUCUUGACUUAAAACGUACUGAAGACUUCAUGAAUAUUUGCAUUGAACCUGAUACAGUCAGUAAGGGAGACUACAUAACAAGAGGAAGUCUAAAGAUGCAGGAACCCCACAUGUGUCCAGAAGGAAGCCAGUUUCUUCAGGCUAGUAGAUGCAUCUUGGAGCUUCCAGAGAAUUCAGAGGGCUCAUUGUCUAUAGACAAUGAGGAAUAUGAAGCAAUGCCAGUGGAGGUGAAUCUGUUACCCAGGAAACUCCAAUUCUUCUGUGAUGCCAGAAAAAAGGAGCAAAUGCUUCACAGUACAUCAUAAUCCUCUAAGAUGUCAACUAUUCCAUUUUUUAAAACAAUGUUCAACUCCUGAUUGCCAGGGGUUACAAUAAACUGCAGCCAUCACCAGUGCCAAAGGAAGCAGAUGUUUCUGAAAAAGGUGUUCAUUGUACUAUCAACUGAACUGUUCAAUGAAUGGUCCCUGAAGACUCUGCUCUCUUCAACUAUGAUGAAAGCCUUGUGUGUAAGUACUGUAACUGGAUUUCUGCAUUUUAAAUUCUCUGGCUUGGAGAGAAACAGGAGUUAGUCAUAUGUACCUACCUUCUGUUCUGGUAUGGUCAUUCCAUGAAGGAAGAGAUAUUCUCUGCCCCUGCUACAUCUGUGACAGUUGUGUGUAUUUCAAGAGAGUGAAUAGUGACACUUAGGACCCCCCCCCAAUUUGUUUCCAUUGCUAAUUGGAUUUUUAAAAAUCGGGCAUAACAUGAAAGUGAUGCACUGAGAAUCCAAGGAGAUGACAAAGCCUCUAAUAUGAAUAUGUCUUACCUAAUCUGUUUCAGAAGCAACUUUGGUAUUUCUCUAUUCAUUGUGAUUGGCAUGAAUGUAAGUUACUCCUACUCUCCACUAUAAAGUGAAGAUGAAACACUGUAAAUGCUAAUUGUUAUUAUCUAAAACACAGGACAGUCAUGGUCUUCCUUUACUAAUGUAAAAUGCCUUAAAAUAUCUCUGUUCUGGAACAAAAUAUGGUUAAGGAAUUAUGCAUGUCUCAUAAAAGUUGUUUGAGAAUAAAUCAGUCAGCACAAAGCAUAAA